CCGCGGCGUCCCUGUGUCCCCUGAGCGAAACGUCAUGGAGAGGCCGGCGCCCUUGGCGGUGCUGCCCUUCUCGGAUCCCGCGCACGCCCUGAGCCUCCUGCGCGGCUUGAGCCAACUCCGCGCGGAGCGCAAGUUUCUGGAUGUGACUCUGGAGGCGGCGGGAGGGCGCGACUUCCCGGCGCACCGCGCCGUGCUGGCCGCCGCCAGCCCCUACUUCCGCGCCAUGUUCGCGGGGCAGCUGCGCGAGAGCCGCGCCGAGCGGGUGCGCUUGCACGGCGUGCCUCCCGACAUGCUGCAGCUGCUGCUGGACUUCAGCUACACGGGCCGCGUGGCGGUGAGCGGCGACAACGCCGAGCCUCUGCUGCGCGCCGCCGACCUGCUGCAGUUCCCGGCCGUGAAGGAGGCGUGCGGCGCUUUCCUGCAGCAACAGCUCGACCUGGCCAACUGCCUGGACAUGCAGGACUUCGCCGAGGCCUUCAGUUGCGCGGGGCUGGCGAGCGCGGCGCAACGCUUCAUCCUGCGCCACGUGGGCGAGCUGGGCGCCGAACAGCUGGAGCGGCUGCCGCUAGCACGUCUGCUGCGUUACCUGCGCGACGACGGGCUCUGCGUGCCCAAGGAGGAGGCCGCCUACCAGCUGGCACUGCGCUGGGUGCGCGCCGACCCGCCGCGCCGCGCCGCGCACUGGCCGCAGCUGCUGGAGGCCGUGCGUCUCCCCUUCGUGCGCCGCUUCUACCUGUUGGCACACGUCGAGGCCGAGCCGCUGGUGGCGCGCUGCCCGCCCUGUCUGCGCCUGUUGCGCGAAGCGCGCGACUUCCAGGCGGCGCGCUACGACCGUCACGACCGCGGCCCGUGUCCCCGCAUGCGUCCGCGCCCCUCUACCGGCCUGGCCGAGAUCCUCGUGCUGGUGGGAGGCUGCGACCAGGACUGCGACGAGCUGGUCACCGUCGAUUGCUAUAACCCACAAACGGGCCAGUGGCGCUACCUGGCUGAGUUCCCCGACCACUUGGGAGGGGGCUACAGCAUCGUUGCGCUGGGCAACGACAUCUACGUGACUGGCGGAUCUGAUGGCUCCCGGUUGUAUGAUUGCGUGUGGAGGUACAAUUCCAGUGUAAAUGAGUGGACUGAGGUGGCGCCCAUGUUGAAGGCUCGAGAGUACCACAGCUCCUCUGUGCUGGAUGGGCUGCUGUACGUGGUGGCUGCUGACAGCACGGAACGCUACGAUCACACCACCGACUCCUGGGAGGCCCUGCAGCCCAUGACCUAUCCCAUGGACAACUGCUCCACCACCGCCUGCCGUGGCAGGCUGUACGCCAUUGGCUCCCUGGCUGGCAAGGAGACCAUGGUAAUGCAGUGCUACCAUCCAGACAAUGACCUGUGGUCCCUGGUGGACUGUGGCCAACUCCCACCCUGGUCCUUUGCACCCAAGACUGUGACUCUGAAUGGACUCAUGUACUUUGUCAGGGAUGACUCUGCUGAAGUGGAUGUAUACAACCCCACAAAAAAUGAAUGGGACAAGAUCCCAUCUAUGAACCAGGUGCAUGUGGGGGGCAGCCUGGCCGUCCUGGGAGGAAAGCUCUAUGUAUCUGGAGGAUAUGACAAUACAUUUGAACUCUCGGACGUGGUGGAGGCAUAUGACCCUGAGACCCGGGCAUGGAGUGUGGUAGGACGGCUUCCAGAACCCACCUUCUGGCAUGGCAGUGUCAGCAUCUUCCGCCAGUUCAUGCCGCAGACACCUGCAGGGGGGCGUGGCUUUGAGCUGGACAGUGUCAGCAAUGACAUGGAUGUAGGCCGACACCAGCCAUCACAGAACCCUGAGGAGCUACACUAGCCCUGGCCUGGCCCAGGGAGGGCCUUGGUGCAGGGGGAUCUGGUACCUGUGCACUGAAUACCUGGGAUCACCAAGCAGAACGCAGGCUCGUGGGUGCUGUGUGAGUCCCAGGAUGCAUCAAUGUGGACAUUUUUGUGCCUGUGAGUCUGAGUCACAGCUGCUGGGCUGGAGCCAGUGGUGACCACUCCUCCUGUGGACAAGGAAGAAUGAUGUCCCUGCUGACAUCUCUGCCUCCCAGAGAUCAUUUCCAGCCUGUGGCAUGCAGAAGUGACCUAUGCAGUGCACCUCUCCCUGCUGCCACUACCUGGGCUUGCUGCUCCCAUCUUUGGAGCAAAGGGCAAGGGUCCCCCUGAUUGUUUGAAGACAUCCUGGCCUGGAACACUGGGACCAGGUAGAUGAUGGCCACAAUGGAAUUCCAAACUCCACACAUCCAGUACUGCAGGUCCCUGUGGCCAGCUCCCCAAGUAGAAGGGUAUCUGCUCACCUACCUUCGCAUCUCUACUAGGAUCUCACCAACAGGGUGGGCUUCCCAGAAUUGACAACAGGGCUGGGGAAACUGAGCCAUGGUGGGAGCCCAAAGGGGGUUCUAGAGGGGCCCAUUGAGCUUUCUGUUUAUGGAGGACUUCGGUGUCUAUGGUAGGUGCUGGCUAUCUUCCCCAGGCAAGGAGACUUUUCAUAGGGUCAUCCCAGGCCAGCAGAGGGUGAAAUUCUGCAAUGCAAGGUCAUGACUCCUUGGGUGUCUGUCACUGAUGCCCAGCCAGGCAGGCAGUUGCUGGAUCUGGAGUGAAGAAUCCUCCUGUUUCUAAAGUAAGCCUUGGGGCAGUGAUGGUCCCAGUGGUUGGUUCUGGGUUUGAAAUGUUUCCAGUUUGGCCUAUACAGAGCCAGAGUGAUAGAUCAGCUGGCUCUGUCUUUCAGAUCCACAAAGCAUCAUUGCAGAACUCUGCCAAAAUGAGUCCCUGGUUUUCACUGGAGGGUUUGUGGAUUGGGAGGCUGGGGCCUCUUGAGGUACUGCUAUCUCUCUUUGGCUUUGUUAUCCCCAUUUCUGAAAAAGAGGGUGUUACAACAUUUUGUUGGGAGAGGUGACAGCAAAUGCACAGAGUUGCCUUUUCCCAGUGAACUAACAUGGGCAGUCCAGGGUCAGAAUAGUCUCAAUGGUGUCAUGUCCCUCCAGCCCCUCUUGGACAGGUGUGAGAGGGUGGGUAUGCCUUAUUCCUCCCAAGUGCCUGCCUGCUCCUUGUUUCAUGACUUGCUUUGUAGAUGUCAUUGUGUUGGGUGAGAAAAUUAGGUUCUAAAAUGUGUUGCUGGGUGCCUGGCACUAGGAAAAGGCUGGGCAUGAAGGGGGUAGUACUAUCCCAGCUCAGGCUCACUGUUAUCUUUAGAGUCCUUGUGGGAAUGAGCAGCAGUGUCCAAGGUAUUGUGGCUUGUUCAUGGGUACUGUCAGCCCAGCCCUUUCUCAGGCCCAUCCUACCCACCUCCACAGCCAAGUGAACCCUUUUGGGGAGCUGCUGAGGCCAGCCAGGUGUGUUGGACUCCGGGGAUCUUUUCCAUCAGCAGCUGAGGCAUGGUAAGGUGAGGUCCCUAGCAUGUACCAGGCACCAAAGUUCAAUGCUAGAUGAAGUGUAAUGUCCAGUCAACUUGGGGACAGGGCCACUGUUGUCAUGACUUCUUAGGGAUUGGCUGAGAGGCUUUAAGCUCUAGAUUCCUAUGUUGCUGUGAUCCAAAUACUGUGUUUUGGUGGCCACUUACAUAGGGCCUGUGCAGGAAAAGCUUGGGUUUGCAUCUCUCUGCGACUGCGCCUGAGCCCCCCAGGUCUCCACUAUCACAACACCCUCCUUUUGGAUUUAAAAGGCCAAGGAUGGAAAAGAGCAGGCAUCAGAUUCUGCUGUUCCAUGGGCUCCAGGCUGUAGUUCCCACCACAUAGAUGUUUGGGACUGAUGCUGAGCCACCUGGGGAUGUUGCUACAUGUCACGUGUACAAAGCUUUUAUCCUUUAAGGUGAAAUUAAGUUAUGAAAAGUUCCCUGGGUAUUUAAUGCUGAUUCUGUAUUUUAUAUUUAUAUGACUUCAGAGAUGUAGGUAAUAAAGGUCACCUUCCUCCAGUGACCACUGUCCAGUCAGGUUUGCAUAUUUAUUUUUGAUUAUUCUACAGGCUUACAUGUCCAGAAUCCUAAAGCAGAUGCCUUCAAUUCCUUUUGAAAUAAAAAGUAUUUCCUGUA